AUGUUUGAAAGAUUAGAAUAUUCGUUAAUUAAUAAAUCAAUAUUUAAUUUUACAAUUUCAAUUUUAAAUAAUUCAAAAUUAAUACCAAUUGAAAUUAAUUUAAAUAAUUUUUCAUUAUUUAAUUUAUCAAGUCAAUAUUCUUUGGUUAAAAGUUAUGCAAAAUUUAUAAAAAUUUCACAUAAAGAAGUAUUUGGUAAUCCAUUUAAAUUUAAUCCUGCUCAAUUUUAUAAUUAUCAAAUUUAUUCAGUAAAUGAAUAUCAUUAUAAAGAAUUUCCAGUGAUUAGAGAAUUUAAUGAAAUUGAAAUUUUAGAUUUAAAAGGUGAAUUAAGUAUAGCAGAUUUUAAUUAUUUUAAUAAUUCAAAAGAUUUAAAAAAAUUAAUUAUAAAAACUACAAAUUCAAUUGCAAAUCAAUUUCAUAAUGAAUUAAUUCAUGAAUUACAAAAUCAAAAAGGUAUUGAAAUUGAAUUACAUUUACAAAAUGGUAUUCAAAUAUCUGCUUUUAAUCCAUUCUCAAUUAUUCAACAAUCUUUUGUAUCAUUACCAUUUUUAUCAAAAGAAUGGUAUUUACUAUAUGGUUCAAAAUCAAAGAAAAUUAAUUUACAAAUUCCAGAAUGGUUUGGUAAAAAUGGUAAAGGUAAUCAAGAGAAUAAUCAAAUUAAAGGUUUAGAAAAUGUUUUAAGUUGGAUUAAAAAAUCUAGUAAUAAUAAUAAUAAUUUUAAAAUUGAUUGGUCAAAUGUAAAUUCAAUUCAUUUUGAAUUUCUUUUUUCAAAAUGUUCAAAAUAUUUAAAAAUUGAAUUCUUGGUUAAACUAUUUCAAUUAUUCACUAUUAAUAAUUUAAAUGAAAUCAUUAUUUCAUUUCCUUUUAUUAAAGAAGAUCCAAAAGUUUCAAUAGAGAUUAUUAUUAAUACAAUUUCAAAUUUUAUUCCUUUUUCAAAUGUUUCAACAAUUUUAAUUGAUUUAGAUUGCUUAGCAGGUUAUUGUAAUUUUGGUUAUAUUCCAAUUGAAGAUUGGGAACUUUAUAAUUUCACUCAAGUUGAAGGAUAUAAUAAUAACUUUUUAAAAUUUAUAAAAAUUGAACCUUUUACACCUUUGAAUAAUAUCAUUCCUAAAACUCAAAGUUCAAAUUCUUUUUUUUCUUUUUUUUUUAAAAAUAAAGUUUAUAAACUUUAA